GGGAGCCAAAAAAGUAGAGGCGGCUCUCUAUCUUAAGGAGGUGAUCAAGGAUCACGGUGUUAUCUUUGUAGGUUUAUUGGAAACAAGGAUCAAUAAUGUGGAAAAUACUCAAAUUAUGAAGCUUCUGGGAGAUAAUUGGAAGCUUUUUAUGGUCCCGGCUGUUGGUCUUUCGGGAGGUUUGUUGAUUUUAUGGCGUUGUGGUUUAGCAGAUUUUACAGUGGUGAGGCACUCUUCUCAAAUGGUGGUUGGUAAUUUGAAAAUGAUCAACAAAGGUGAAUGGAAAAUCGCGUCUGUUUAUGGUAGUACAGAUGUGCAGGAAAGAAAAUUCCUUUGGGAAGAUCUUGGAAGGCAAUGUGAUGUUGAUGCUCCUUUGAUUAUCGGAGGGGAUUUUAAUUCUAUCGUUAAACACCUGCCUCGUUUUGCUUCGGAUCACUGUCCAUUAGUUUUGGAAUUAUUCAAACCAGUGACUUCAGUAAGAAAGGAUAUUAGAUAUGAGGAGAUUUGGGCUACUUAUUAUGGAGCAACGGCAUUGGUAAAGAAGAUUUGGGAAAACAAACGUUCAGGUAGUCCGGCUGACAUUCUCAGUAAGAAAUGUAAGAAGUCUCUAAGAGCUCCAUUCUUUUGGAGUAGAGAAAAACAUAAAAAUUUAUCUCAGCUCAAGGAGGAUCUCAAAGCAGAAAUUCUGGAAAUCCAAUUAGAAGAGGCGGAAAUUGGUAUUUCUAUGGACAAGCUUCAGAUUUUGAGAAGUAAAAUCAAUGAGUUAAAUGUUACUUUAGCUAGACUCAAUACUUGGUGGAAGCAAAGAGCAAAGAUCAGGUGGAUGGAGGAGGGAGACUGUAACUCCAAUUUUUUUCACAGUUUUGCGAAUGCUAGAAGAAACUUGAACUGGAUUCAUCAAAUCAAGACUUUAGAAGGGGAAAUUUCAGAGGAUGAAAUUGUUAUUCAGGAGACCUUCUCA